AUGGAAUCUCCCGAUUCAACCACGCGGGCCGCAGCCACUCCCAUCGACAACAUCGACAAUGUCGACAAGGACGGCAAGCUCGACGAGACGGCUUCUCCCAGCAAUGUCUUCCGCACGAGUUCGCUUCAGAAGGUCGACUACGACGACUUUCCCGAACUCCCCGAGCCCUGGUGGAGCAAGUUCUUGCCCAACGUGUACAGCGAAAAACGCGUGCUCAAUCUUUCAGCUUUUCAGAUGAAAUGGGCCGUUCAGAUGGUGGCGGGCAUUGCCAUUCUCUUCUUCGGUUUCGACCAAGGUGUCAUGUCUGGUGUUAACGAGUCCAAAGACUACCUUCGCCUCAUGGGCACCGCAUCCGGUAUCGACGGCGAAGAGACACAGCGCGACAGCGCAGCGGUCGGUGGUAUCGUUGCUGUGUACUAUGCAGGCACCUUGCUCGGAGGAAUGCUAGGAGGCUACAUGGCCGACAGCGCAGGCCGAAUGAAGACCAUCGUUUUCGGCUCGUUCUGGGUCAUCCUAGGCGCAGCUUUGCAGACAUCUGCGCAGAACAUCACAUGGAUGGUGUUGGCUCGCUGUCUCACGGGGGUGGGGACGGGCUGUUAUAAUUGUACUGUACCCGUGUGGGUUGCAGAACUAUCUAAGCAUGACAAGCGAGGGCAAGCGAUAGGCUUCGAGUUUGUCUUCAACAUCCUCGGGUUGGCGCUAGUCUACUGGAUCUCGUUCGGCGUGCGAACGAUCGAGACGGGCGGGUUCAACUGGCGAUUCCCGCUAGCGUUCCAAUUGGUUUUCGUGCUGAUGCUACUGGCCGCUCUGCCCUUCUUUCCCGAGUCCCCCCGAUGGCUCGCCAAGAUGGGACGCGUGGACGAAGCGCGUCGAAUCCUGGCCCGGUUGCGAUCAACGCCGUACAACGAGCAAGACCCCGAGGUGAACCGCGAGUUGCAAGAGAUUCUCGCUGUAGCCAAACUCGAGCGCGUGCGUCAAGAGAAUGGCGAAGACGGCUUCAUCCGCAUGAUUACCACAUCGGGUGGGAACCUUCAUAUCCGGCGCAGGAUCAUCCUCGUCGUGUGGCUGCAGAUCCUGCAGGAGCUCGCGGGAAUCGGGGUGAUCACCGUGUACGCACCCACCGUGUUCCGUUCCGGAGGCUUCAGCGACACGCUUGCUCGACUGCUGUCCGGGUUCAACGACGUGUCGUACAUGUUUUCGGUGUUCAUCGCCGUGUUCCUGCUAGACCGCACCGGUCGCAGGAAAACGCUGUAUUGGGGAAACAUCGUCAUGGGCAUCUCGCUGUUGAUCGCAGGCGUUGCGGCCAAGUAUGCCCUCGAGUACGGCGCCGGCUCGGCGACCGAGGAUCUCGCACUCGCCAAACGCUGGGGAGCCGCUCUGGCAGCGAUGGUGUUCCUCUACACGGCAACGUUCGGCGCAACAUGGUUGAGCGUGCCCUGGCUGUACCCGACCGAGGUGUUCCCGCUGUUCAUCCGUGCAAAGGGUGGCAGCUGGUCCGUGUUUGGUUGGAGUAUUGGCAACGGAAUCGUGACCGAGAUCACGCCGUUCCUGUUCAACGCGAUCAGCUACAACACGUUCUUCUUGUUCGGAGCGCUCAACUUUUUCUGCAUGCCAUUCGUAUGGGCUUUCUACCCGGAGACGAGCUGCCGGUCGCUAGAGUCGAUCGACGAGCUGUUCGAGUCGGAUUCGGCGUUUGUCGCUUUCGAUAAGCGCUUGACUUCGGUCGGAAGGCUGAGGACCGUUGGAGCGGAUGAUGCGGAUGGUGCUUAA